AUGCCGAAUAACAGACAUCCUGAAUAUUUGAGUCACAUUAAUGCAGCAUUAGUUGAAGGUUCAAUCAAUACAUGUCAUCGUAAGGCGGCUUUUCUCGCUCAAUUAGCACAUGAAUCAGGUCAAUUGGUUUACAUGGAAGAAAUAGCAUCUGGCGAUGCCUAUGAAGGUCGCUUGGAUUUAGGCAAUACACAACCAGGUGAUGGCAGACGAUUCAAAGGUCGAGGUCCUAUUCAACUCACAGGUCGAGCCAACUAUCGAGCAGCAGGAAAAGCUUUAGGACUUGAUUUGGAAGCGAAUCCACAACUUGUAGCAACGCCCGAAGUCGGAUUUCGAACAAGUGUUUGGUUUUGGACUGUACACAAGUUGAAUGCUUUAGCAGAUGCUGGAACAUUAGAUGCUUUCAGACAAAUCACUAGAAAAAUCAAUGGUGGAACCAAUGGACAGGCAGAUCGCGAAAAAUAUUGGGCCAGAGCAAAGACUACAUUGGGUUGUGGAAGUGGAACAGGCGUUGUAACAUGCACAGCUGAAGGCAUGACAGGUCAAUGUAUAGCAACAUCAUCAUGCACUGGAAGAUCAGUCGCUGGCUUAUGUCCAGGCGCAUCCAAUAUUCAAUGCUGUAUUCCAGCUGAUCCUUCAUGCACAGUCAAUGGACGAUCGGGUAUCUGCCGUGAUAGAGCAACAUGUACUGGUACUACCUUCAGUGGUUAUUGUCCAGGUGCAGCCCAUAUUCAAUGUUGUAUUAGCAAUUAA